GUCGUGGGCUCGCCAACGGACGGAGAGGCCAACCACCUUGGUCUUUCUGGACGAAGCCAUGCUGAAGCUGCUGCUCAACCACUGGCAAGAGUCGUACAGCAAGAGUCCCGCCAGGGUGACCAGCGAGGACCCGCUGCUCUGCACGGACCUCGCCAAGACGAGGCCCAACGAAGAGUUCCUCGUGUCCCGGGUCAACCCCUUGUUCGUCGACUCCAGCACAGAGGCCUCGCCGAGCAGCACCAUCAAGAAAUCCUCCGAGACCACGGCGGACGUGCACAAUCCCCAAGACGGCGACGAACCGGACAAUUCAACACUAGUGAAGAAACCUCCGGAGCCGCCGGAUCCCCCUCCAACGCCGACGACCGCUUCGACGGCGACGCCGGACUCCGGUUCUAUAGCGUCGACAUCCACCAGGGCCGUCCAUGAGCCGAAAGUGGAAGCGACGAAGAGUGAGACGCAACUAGAGCCGAGAGAAUUGUCGCCGCAUCGCCAAAUCAGUCCUCAGCCGGAGUCCGUUGCGAAGCCGGAAGGGCAGUCUGAUACGCAGAAAACGGACACUUGGAACUCAGACAGAUCUUCCUCUCCGCGGCCGCUAGUGGAGCUGAGAGAGUGGCAAGAGAACGGCAAGAAGCAAGAGGACCACGUGCUCAACCGACUCCGGAACUCCGGCAGGGCGUCGAUCAUCACCAAGGAGAAGUUGAGUCUCGUUGAAAAAGUGAUCGCCGAGCGGUUGGGUAAGAGGAUUCCAGAACCGGGAAUUCGAAGGACCAUUGAACUUCUAAAUAAGGACGCAGUCCCUGCGUCCCAGGAGACAAACGUCGAAACAGACGUCAAGACAAACGUCGAAACAGACGUCAAGACAGUGGUAAAAGCAGACGUCCAAACCGAGUUGAAAGCAAACUCUCCUCCAGUAGCACCUCCCCUGCCUCCGGCUCCUGUCGUAGCACCGGUCUCCGUCUUAGACGGCAGUGUCCAGAUAGAAGAUAUCCGGAAGCCUCAAGAAUCCUCCUUCGAAGCGGAUGCCGCGGAUUCGAAUCCCAAAGACGAGACCGCAGGGGCAGUGAGGAUGCCCAAGCUAGAAGACGGAAGUACGCAGUCCGACUCUAUGACAGACUCUUCGAACAAGAAACCCGAAGUCAAGGACAAGUCUUCCGGACCAUCUACUUCUGAGGACAGCGGCAUCACCCGAGGGGACCAGGUCUACUCCGAUUCAGGAAAGCGCAAGGUUGCAACAAAGUCAGACUCUUCGGAGCAGAGCAGUACGGAAUCGACGAAGGGUAAACGGCAGCGGAGGACCAAGAAAGAGGCCCUCCGUGAAAGUAUGCGCAGGCGCCAGAAGUCAAACUAUAAGUCGCGCUGCAGCGCCUGCAAAAACGUGCUCCCGAAGAAGGACCGACCUCCGCAUCCCAGGGUCCACAAGCACAAGAGGUCCGCGGAGUCUGGCCUUGUGUCCGGUUCCGGAUCUCUGUCGGACCUUGCGUUCGAAUAUCCGUACCUCAGCGACCCGUGUCCGGCGCACUGCAGGCACAAGAGAUCCUCCAUCACAUGCAUGGAGAGCUGCAGGGAUUACCCCUGCGAGGAUUUUUGUAAUUCGGUCUACAGGUACCCUCCGGGGCACGGUCCCUACGAGGCGUGUCCGUGCGGCUGCGUGCACAACACGGCUCUGCUGCCCGAGUGCUGCCACUGGGGGGACGCGCCCCGGAGCCGCUACUCGUGGAACGGCAGCGAGGCAGCGGGUCCUGCGGCGGGCGCCUGCACCUGCCGCCGGAGCCAUCCAGCCUACUCUUCACGGCGCAAGGUCAAGUUCGCCCAUAGGCCGGGCUCCAAGGAGGCCCUCAAGUCCGACCUCAACGAGGAUGAGGAAGACGAGCCCGACAAGGGAGACCGGAGUCCCACCGGCAGCAAGUGCGACCAAGACAGCCUGGCGGAUGCGCCCAGCAAGGACCCCCUACCAAACGGACACGUCCUGGCCGAGAACGGCCUCUUGGAGAAGCAGCAGGCCAACGGCGUCCCUUACGCCUGGGAGGAGUGGCAGCAGUACAUGCGGCAGAAGACUCUUCGGUCCCGCCGCAAGAGGGCCCUGUGCAUGGGGGUCAUCGCACUGUCCAUCAUACUCUUCGUGGGCGUCACCGUGUCCGUGGGACUCGCCUACCUCCGAAAGAAGUUCUGACGCCCGUCUUCCUUCGUCUCCGCCCGUGAGGACCGUGGUAGACACUCCCGAACGGAUGCGGCCUGUCAGAAGAACUGCGGGUGUACG